CGCAAAUUUCUGAAUUCAUAAACGAUACGACAAACAGCCAUGAAGGUUGUCUUGAGAGUACUCGCAGUGUGCGCACUGCUUUUAAACGCAAAUGUGACAUCAUAUGUCAUAAAUGCACAGUCAUCUGAAGAAACUGAUAAUAAUGUAGACAACUCAAUUCAAUUACUCUACGAUGCCAUCUUCGAUAGUUCCAAAUUGAGUGAAAGUAUCUACAAUGAGAAUUAUCCAGCAGACUCGUUUUCACUACCUUGUUGGAAUGCCUAUGCUAAAAAAAAUGUUAAUAUUCUUUCUGACAGUGGUGACAAAAUCCGUCAAUGUGCUAGUGUAAAUGACUGGGAAUUGGAAGAAUACUUCACUGCUCACAGUGCCCAACAUUUUAACAAAAAGUUUACACACAAAAUGAAACAUUGUUCAACAAAGAGUGGCUUUAAAAAGACGAAUUGUUUCGCUGAUAUUAUAUUGGAAAGUAUGCAAAAGAUCGUUACGUCUGAUGCAACUAAUUACUGGAAGAGCAAACGAUGCGUUCGUAACGAGAUUAGUAACAUUGUAGAUGCGAUGAGUAUUGCUACUGAUAAAUUCACUGCAUGUUUAUCUUCAAAUUCUACCACAAACUCCACGAAUCCGUGGGAGCCAUCUCCACCAUGGAAUAACUCUACAAACUCCAAUUCUUCUAAUCCAUGGCAACCACUUCCACCAUGGGACAAUUCAACUAACUCUAACUCCUCAAAUCCUUGGGAACCAUCUCCACCCUGGAACAAUUCAACAAAUAACAACUCUUCAAAUCCUUGGCAACCACUUCCACCAUGGGAUAAUUCAACAAAUUCAAAUUCUUCAAAUCCUUGGCAACCAUCUCCUCCAUGGAACAAUUCAACAAAUAACAAUUCUUCAAAUCCUUGGGAUCCAUCUCCACCAUGGAAUAACUCUACAAACUCCAAUUCUUCUAAUCCAUGGCAACCACUGCCACCAUGGGACAAUUCAACUAAUUCUAACUCCUCAAAUCCUUGGGAACCAUCUCCACCAUGGAACAAUUCAACAAAUAAUAAUUCUUCAAAUCCUUGGGAUCCAUCUCCACCAUGGAAUAACUCUACAAACUCCAACUCUUCUAAUCCAUGGCAACCACUUCCACCAUGGGAUAAUUCAACUAACUCUAACUCCUCAAAUCCUUGGGAUCCAUCUCCACCAUGGAACAAUUCAACAAAUAACAACUCUUCAAAUCCUUGGCAACCACUUCCACCAUGGGAUAAUUCAACUAACUCUAACUCCUCAAAUCCUUGGGAACCAUCUCCACCAUGGAACAAUUCAACAAAUAACAAUUCUUCAAAUCCUUGGGACCCAUCUCCACCAUGGAAUAACUCUACAAACUCCAACUCUUCUAAUCCAUGGCAACCACUUCCACCAUGGGACAAUUCAACUAACUCUAACUCCUCAAAUCCUUGGGAACCAUCUCCACCAUGGAACAAUUCAACAAAUAACAAUUCUUCAAAUCCUUGGGAUCCAUCUUCACCAUGGAAUAACUCUACAAACUCCAACUCGUCUAAUCCAUGGCAACCACUUCCACCAUGGGGUAAUUCUACAAACAAUUCUUCCAACUCCAACCAUCAUCAUCAUGGGCAUCAUCAUCCGACUCACGCUACGAGACCUCCAUGGAAUAAUUCUACAAACUCCAACUCUUCAACACCUUGGGUAACUUUACCACCAUGGAAUAAUUCUACUGGCUCGAACUCUUCUACAUUACCACCAUGGAACAAUACUACUAAUUCGAACUCUUCGACUCCUUGGGUAACUUUACCACCAUGGAACAAUUCAACUGGCUCGAACUCAUCCACUUUACCACCAUGGAAUAAUACUACCAAUUCCAAUUCUUCGACACCUUGGGUAACUUUACCACCAUGGAACAAUUCAACUGGAUCGAACUCAUCCACUUUACCACCAUGGAAUAAUACUACCAAUUCCAAUUCUUCCACACCUUGGGUAACUUUACCACCAUGGAACAAUUCAACUGGCUCGAACUCAUCCACUUUACCACCAUGGAAUAAUACUACCAAUUCCAAUUCUUCGACACCUUGGGUAACUUUACCACCAUGGAACAAUUCAACUGGCUCGAACUCAUCCACUUUACCACCAUGGAAUAAUACUACCAACUCCAAUUCUUCGACACCUUGGGUAACUUUACCACCAUGGAACAAUUCAACUGGCUCGAACUCAUCCACAUUACCACCAUGGAAUAAUACUACCAAUUCUAACUCUUCGACUCCUUGGGUAACUUUACCACCAUGGAACAAUUCAACUGGCUCGAACUCAUCCACUUUACCACCAUGGAAUAAUACUACCAAUUCCAAUUCUUCGACUCCUUGGGUAACUUUACCACCAUGGAACAAUUCAACUGGCUCGAACUCAUCCACAUUACCACCAUGGAAUAAUACUACCAAUUCCAAUUCUUCGACUCCUUGGGUAACUUUACCACCAUGGAAUAAUACAACCAGUUCCAAUUCAUCCAGCCCUUUGACAACGCUACCACCAGUUAAUAAUACAACAAAUACAACCACGGUUAGACCCCGGCCUACGAGAACUUCUCGUCGAACCCGUCAACCUCUAAGUACUACUACAUUAGCCAAUGAUAUUGACGACACAGAAUCAAAUUCUUGGCUUGACAAUACUUGGCAGAAAUUUAAACACUUAUUCAACUAAAUUACACAAUGGUAGUAAAACGUUUGUAGAGGAUAUUAACUAAAAUUAUUAAAAUUAUAUAAUCUUUAAUUCAAAACAUUUAAUAAAUAUAAUAAAUUGGCAUAUAAAUAA